UCUCAUCUAUGAUUCUCAUUUAUGUCAUGAUCUGUUAUAUCUUAAUCUAUUAAUUAAUUGUCAGUAAUCUAUGAUUGUCAUUGUUAUUGUUGUGUGAUGUGAUGUGUUAUCUACUGAUAGUGUAAAAAAUAUAUAAAUAACUUUAAUAAAUAUAUUAAUUACCACUUGUUAAAAAUACAUUUUUUUUUAAAGUCAAGAAUGGGUAGUGAAAAGAAAGGUUGGGACUAUAGUCAAUUAAGAAAAUAUGAUAUUUCAUUAGAACAAAUACCAAGAUUAGAUUAUCAAGAUCCUAAAGUUGACGAAUUAAUGGCUGAGAAUAAGGAAACUCCUAAGAAAUACACUCAACACACACAUAGGGAUAUUUUUGAAAGAAAACGGGCAAUAUUACUUUUAGUUGCAUCUUUCUUGCGAGAGCAAAGUCUAACCAACACAUUAAAAUGUCUAGAAACAGAAGCUGACCCUAUCAUUUCUGGAUAUGAACUCUGUGACAACGUCGACUUGGAUUCAAUUCUACAAGAAUUUAUGAGUUUUCAAUACACAAAAUUCAACAAAGUUCCAAAAAUUAUCAAACAACUUGAACAAGUACAGGCAAAAACAAAGAAAUAUCGUUCACAAAAUAGUGUAGAAACUAAACAAUCUAAAGUGAAUGUAACUCAAUGUGAACAGGAAACAAAGUCUGAUAAUAAACAGUUUGAUUUUCAAAUUAAAAGAAUGCUAUCAACAGAUUCAGAUCCAGAAGUUAAGAAAGAGUACAAUAGGGUGCAAACAUCCGCAUUCUGUUUAACAUAUUCCAAAGAAUGGCAAGAACUUGCAGAUGCUGUUAAGAAAGAAAUAAUCGACGACUAUUCGGGAACCUCAUGGAAGGACUGCAUUGGACUGGAGAAACCACAACAGUUAUUAAAAGAGUCGGUUAUUUAUCCAGUAAUGUAUCCUCACUUAUUUACUGGGUUAACAAGACCUUGGAAAGGAAUAUUAUUAUAUGGUCCACCAGGGACAGGGAAAACACACUUAGCAAAAGCUGUAGCCUGUGAAAGCAAUACGACUUUCAUAAAUUUGACCAGCAGUACCUUUGUAAGCAAAUGGAGAGGUGAAUCUGAAAAAAUGAUCAAAGUUCUAUUUGAUUUAGCAAGGCUGGAGGCUCCCACAACUAUAUUUAUCGAUGAAAUCGACGCAGUCUUUUGUCAAGGCAAUGGUUCAAAUCAGGACGCCUCCAGAAGGUUCAGAUGCGAACUUCUGAUUCAAAUGGAUGGGUUAUUACAAGGAAAUGAAUCUAUUUUCGUAUUAGCGAGCACUAACAAGCCUUGGGACUUAGAUGCAGCUCUGUUGAGACGUUUUGAAAAGCGGAUACUUAUAAAUUUACCAAACCAAGAAAACCGAUAUGAGCUAUUUAAAUAUUUUCUAAAAAAUUGUGCUCAUUCUAUUGAUGAAGAGGUACUGAAAAAGGCUGCGGAAAUGACUGGUUCAUUUUCAGGCUCAGAUUUGAAAUUAGUAUGCAAAGAAGCUUGCAUGAAAAGCAUUAGAUCUGCCCUAAAAAAAAUUGAAAUUUCAGAAACAUUUUCAAAGAAAACAGAAGUUUCCGGUCCUUCAAUAGAAGAUAUUUUUAAUGCUAUACAAACAACUAAUCCUCUAACUGAUAAACAACUUCUUAAUAAAUAUUUAGAAUGGAAUAAAAGAUUUGGUAGCUGCUAAAAAUUAAAAUAUACUUAUUUUACGCGUUUUAUGUUUUUAUUUUAUGUCUAUAUAAGUAAUAAUUUAAUUGCAACUUCCAGCAAGGUUUCAUAAACAUUGUCAAAAGUAUCUUGGACUUGUUUUUAAU